AAAUGGACGACGAGUACGCGUCAGUGGUUGAAACUAGGAGCGUCCGUCAAUCUUGGCCAGAUCUAUCUACGCGAGUACGACUCACAGCUGGACACUUCUGCGCUAACAGAUCGCAUCUUGAAGACCGAACGGAAGCUUCUAACUUUGAUCCGCAUCUUGGAAGCAACAUCGAGCAAUGCUUUUGUUUCCACGACCGUUGGUGAAUUUGGCACGUUAACGGGAGCAUUCGUUGACAAGGCCGAAUGGCUGAGGCUCGUCGUGCAGUCCACAGGCGGCACUUACAACAGUGCCGACAUGUUCGUGGUGUGGGGCAACUCGACGGAGGUUAUCAGGCUUCUCGUGUCCAACGGGGACAUCAGCGUCGACGACGCGCGGCUGAUCCUGUCCUGGAACCUCCUUCGUCAGCUGCUGCCACUUUCCAGCGGAAGCCUGAUGGUGAAAACGAACGACAAUGACUUUCGCGAUACCUGCUUCAAGACUGUGCUCGGCAUCAUGGAAGUGGCUGUCAUGAGCAGCUACCUCCGCCGCUUGGUCCCACCAGCAGUACUCUCGUCGGCAACUGCAAUGGCUGUGAACCUUAUGGAAGUCCUGCGGAAUAAGCUCCUCAGUGCACGCUGGAUGGAGGGCUGGAUGCAAGACAACGGCACCAACAAGGCCUCGAAAAUGGGGCUCGUCGUAGGUUAUCCCAAGGAUGCCGACACAAUAGCUCAAAUGGAAGCAUUCUACGGUGAGCGAUGUUCCGACACCAUUACAGUUAACUUCUGA